AUGGAACUUGGAUAUUGGCCGCCCUCUGGGGCUACCAGGUGCGCCGUGCCAAUGGGGGCCAGAAAGACGACGUUCGUCAACAUCUCUGACACAUUCGGGCUGGAGAGGGAACUGGAAGAUACGCAGCUCCUCCCGCCCGGUGAUGUUCUUAUCCAUUGUGGCAACUUAAUUGGGCGAGGAUCAUAUAAGGUGUCAAGCAGGGAGAUCAGGUGGCUGCGGGCACUGAAGGCUCGUAAACGUUCCCAGGCGGUCAUCGUCGUAGCUAGAAACUACCACGUACUCCUUGACCGCGAAUACUACGAAGAGACCAGGAAAGGCCUACCUGGCGAACCCGACGGCCAGUUCUCGGACACGACCUCGCAGACGGCGAUUGAUCUGAUGGAGGAUGACCGGGACAUAUCAACUAUCUAA